AUGAGUCAGUCCUGGCUCAGCAGGAACAGGGCGGAACAAGUCGAUAUGCUUUUAUUAUAUGCAGCAGUAGCCUUAGUCGGGGUGGCUUCCGCAUUCCAGUGCUCGCCGGAUACCAUCUUACGAAUGGCUAGUGACAAACGUUUGAAACAACUAGAAAAAGAAUGUCAUCUUGCAAAGACAGGCGAGAAGGAGUGCGAAACCAAAAACGAUUUGGAAAAUGCAUGGAAGGAAUUCACGAAGUUAUCUGAUCAGUACAAAGACGCAGUGAAAAAAUGUCGAGAAGUAGCAGCAAGAUCACGCAGGAAUCACCAACAACAUAGAAAGCGUCAAGUCAUUCACAAGCAAGAAAGUGUCACUGAGCAGGCGCUACCAGAAAGUGAGCAAUUUGACCAAUCUCGGCCGAUCCGCACUAAAAGACAGAUGUGCAAGACGAAAGCCUCAGACGAUUUGAACAAGCUGAAACAGGACUUCACAACUCACUGCGACCGGGAGAACAUAUGCCUUCCUGAUGAAGACCUACCAGCUGGAACGCAACGUGACCGUUUCAAAGAACUUCAUGCUGUACGGGCCAAAAAAUAUUCCGCUUAUCUAACUCAGCUCUCUCUCUGUUACGGACGUGUUAGCUAG